AGCCUCCAUCUUUAAAUUUGUUUCUGGAAGCUUUCAAUUUUCUCGUGUCCAGUUCAGUGUUUAAGCCUAGUUUUUCUCCCAAAUUUAAAUUUUUUGCGUAUUUAACUGGUCCAGCUAAACUAUCACUACCACCGGUUGUUGUUUCGUAACCUGUCGCACCCUAAUCUUAAUCCCUUAGUUCAUGUUGUGUCGUUCGUGAUCGCGUUCUCAUGGCCUAGAAGCCAUUUUCUGUUGACGGGCUUUCCCAAUACAACCAAAUAUCCUCUAACAGCUCGGUUUUACGAUCGUUGUCCGUUAUCUCAUUAACUUCUAAAGCAAGUGAUUCCUUUAAGUUUCAGAAUUGUGUAGCUCACCCUGCUGAUCACCAUGAUGAACGGCGGAGUUGGAGUGCCUCUACCCCCGCAACCACCGAUGCAAGCUAUGAUGCCCCCGGGAGGUGCAGUUCCUUAUCCACCCACACAAAAUGGAGAUGGUCCACCCCCAAUGAAACAGGCCAGACUUGAAAACGGUGUCGCUGCGCCAUUCCUUGCAGCUCCAAUUUACGAUGUCAACCAGACGGGAGCUCUUGUUCCUGGUCCUGGCUCUAGAUCCGGGUUAAUCGGGAUUCUGAGUGCGCCACUACCGAAGCUGUCCCAUGACCAACAAGACGCAGUGAACAAAGCAAAGAAGUAUGCUAUGGAGCAGAGUAUUAAGAUGGUGCUAAUGAAACAAACCCUUGCACACCAACAGCAGCUUUUAGCCAAUCAGAAGAACCAAUUCCAAAGACAGCAAGCGCUAGCUCUAAUGUGCAGGGUCUAUGUAGGAAGCAUAAGCUUUGAACUGAAAGAAGACACCAUCAGGCAAGCUUUCUUGCCAUUUGGACCUAUAAAAUCAAUAAAUAUGUCGUGGGAUCCUGUCACGCAGAAGCACAAAGGUUUCGCUUUUGUUGAGUACGACAUUCCAGAAGCCGCUCAGCUGUCCCUAGAACAAAUGAACGGUGUCAUGCUCGGAGGACGUAAUAUUAAAGUCGUUGGUCGUCCGAGUAAUAUGCCGCAAGCACAAUGUGUAAUUGACGAAAUCACAGAAGAAGCCAAACAGUAUAAUAGGAUUUAUGUUGCAUCUAUUCAUCCUGAUCUUUCAGAAGAUGACAUCAAGAGCGUGUUUGAAGCAUUCGGCCCCAUAAAGAGUUGUAAAUUAGGGCAAGGAAGCUCUCCUCAUCGGCACAAGGGCUACGCGUUUAUUGAGUAUGAAACCAAAAAUGCUUCGCAAGAAGCAAUUGCAUCCAUGAAUUUGUUUGAUCUCGGUGGACAAUACUUAAGAGUUGGUAGAGCUAUCACUCCGCCUAAUGCACUCCAUGGUCCAUCCACCUCUACAAGUCACAUGCCAACGGCAGCAGCUGUCGCAGCAGCAGCAGCAACCGCCAAAAUCCAGGCAAUGGACGCAGUAGCCUCAAACACACUUAUUGGUUUAUCUAAAUUAGGUCAACUAAAUCCAGGUGCAACAAUCCCAGCAACCACAGUUCCUGGUCUACAAACACUAGCCCCAGUAUUACAAGCAGUUCCCGGUCAACUCCCUGUGGGUGCCGCAAUCCCACCUCCUGGCAUCGCCAUUCCACAACAAAUUAGAGCCCCUGUUCCUAUUAUACCUGUAGGCCAACCCCUAAUAGCACCACCAACGGUAGUAAAUCCAGUGUUGUCGCAAGGUUUGCCUAAUAUGAAUAACCCAGAUGCUCUUCGAAGGGCGCAAGAACAAGCUCAGCAAAAACAACAGGAAGAACUACAAAAGAAGUUACUAGAGGAAACGGAACCACAGACCCUGCAACAGCAAGAAAACAUGAGCAUCAAGGGGCAAAGUGCGAGACAUUUAGUUAUGCAGAAACUAAUGAGGAAAGUAGAGAGUCGGGUCGUUAUCCUGAGGAAUAUGGUUGGGCCUGAAGAUGUUGACGAAACUUUACAAGAAGAAAUUCAAGACGAAUGUAGCAAGUAUGGUUUAGUACAAAGAGUAAUUAUUUAUAAUGAAAAGCAAUCUGAAGAAGUUGACGAUCACAAUGCUGAAGUAAUAGUGAAAAUAUUUGUGGAAUUCUCGCAGAUGAGAGAGGCUGAAAAUGCGAGAGACGCACUGAACGGGAGAUUUUUCGGUGGCCGACUAGUUAAAGCUGAACUUUAUGACCAAGCGCUGUUUGACCACAGUGACUUCUCUGGCUAAUUUCUUUUUUAAAGCAAAAUUAUCUUGCUUUGACUACUUGAUCUUCAUCCCCAUGGAUAGACUUAAUGAUUUUUAAUGACGCUUACGGACAGUGUCCGACCACUUGUACUAUCUGGUGUUUUUGCAAGUAUUAUUGAAGUACGAGUGAUGUAGCCUAAGUGGCUAUGUGAAGGAUGUGUCUGCUUUUAGUUGAGGUGAAAUGAGUUGACGUGUGCAAAUAAAUCUGCAAGACAUAUUUCCGUUUUUGCUUUUUCCGAUUUUUUGUACAAAUUUAUAAAUCCUUGAAGCAAAAAUGGGGCGUAAAUAGUUGUAGACAAAUAGACGGUGUAAAUGUUUCUAAGUAGAAAUUUAGAGAUUAUGGCAAAAAGGCGGAAGUCCUAGGUUUGGUAUUGGUCGUGAUACAAGUAUUUAGUAGCAAAAUAAUGAUAUUUUCUGCUAUAAGACAAUUAAUUCCAUACCAUUCGCAACAAAUCUACCUUUCCUCCUUUUCUGUUGUGGGCUGAAAUCUAGAUGAAAAUGUAAACUAUUUUUAAAAAAAAUCAAUGUUUGAAAAUUUUGAUUUUUUUUCUCUUUUACUAUUUUUUGAAGAGUAGCUGGAAGCAGGAUGUAUCCUGAGUUUAACUUAAAUUCAAAUUUAUGCUCUGCACAAAUUUUCUUUUUUUGGACUUCCGUUUUUUUUUUUUGUAUGCCUCAUUUCAAGUAUGUAACCUCAAAGGUCCAGAUAAUCUAAGUUUUUGAUCGUAUAUGUUCAUCUUGUGUAUUAAUUUAUGGAAUCCCUGUUUAAUUUUACUACUGUCCAUCCAAACUGUAAGUCAUACACCCAAAGUUGUACAUUACCAUUAACAUUACUUACUAGAGUUGCAUUUAAUUUUUAAUAAAAUCUGUAAAAAUUGACUACUUAGAA